CAACAUAACCUAGAAGGGUACCUCGACCUCGAUAACCCGCUAUCUGCGGAUGAACUGUCAAUUCUGGUUUAUUUAGAGAGAGUGUCGUACAUUGUAUUAUUGGUUACAGAUUCAGAAAAUUCGUGUCGACUGACCAGAGUCCGCGAAUUUCCAACAGAUUUUUUGUGAAUGAGUUUUAUUAACGUUUAAUUUAGUAAAUUAACAUUAAUAGUUAGGUGACCGCACCCGUCUCCGAGCGAUUAAGUGCGGUGAUUCAUAGAUAUAAUAUAAUUCGCGUUAUCGCAUAUUUUCCCCAACGGCAUCGUAUGUACAUUUAUCGAAUUAUUCGUAAAAAUUAAGUGAAAUAUGACAGAGGUUCACAAUUUAGGUGUUGAUGCCAUCAGCUGUCAUGCUUGGAAUAAAGACAGAAAAGAAGUGGCCAUUUGUCCUAAUAAUAAUGAGAUUCAAAUUCACAAACGUACAACGAAUGGUUGGAAAUUGCUGCAGAAUCUACAGGCACAUGACAUGCAUGUCAUGGACAUCGAUUGGGCACCCAAUACCAAUCGAAUAGUAACAUGUUCUGCAGAUAAAAAUGCGUAUGUUUGGACGCAAGAGGAAGAUGGGAAAUGGAAUCCUACUUGGGUGGUUUUAAGAAUAAAUCGAGCAGCAACAUGUGUAAAAUGGUCCCCCUUAGAAAAUAAAUUUGCUGUUGGGUCUGGCGGUAGAGUAAUAGCAGUUUGUUAUUUUGUGUCUGUGAAUAAUUGGUGGCAGUGUAAGCAUAUAAAACGCCCAUUGAGGUCGACUGUAACCGCAGUUGAUUGGCAUCCGGACAACAAAGUUUUAGUUGCCGGAUCAACGGAUUACAAAGUUCGCGUAUUUAGUGCUUACAUUAGUGAUAUGGGAAAUACACCUGGUAAUGGCCCAUGGGGUCGCAGUAAUUCUUUAGGGAAGCUACUUGCCGAAUUCCAAAAUAGUCCCAAUGGAGGAGGUUGGAUACAUUCUGUUGCAUUUAGUCCCUGCGGUAAUAAAAUUUGUUGGGUGGCGCAUAAUUCGUCGAUUUGUGUCGCGGAUGCUACCAAAGGGAAUGCAGUUACGCGAUUGUAUACAGAGCAUUUACCGUUUCUGAGUUGCGUCUGGAUGGGGCCCAACUACAUCAUCGCCGCGGGACAUAGCUGCAUGCCUAUGCUGUAUUCUGUGGACGAUAAUGGUCAAUUGUAUUUCGUAUCGAAAUUAGACAACACGCAGAAAAAGGAGGCCGCCGGCUUGUCCGCCAUGCGUAAAUUCCAGUCACUAGAUCGCCAGGCGAGAACCGACCCGAAUGACAAUGCCUUGGAUAGUAUACAUCAAAACACGAUCAACUAUGUAUGCAAAGUAUCAGAUAAUGAAUUCAGUACGAGCGGCUUAGAUGGCCAGCUGGUAGUUUGGGAUCUCAAGCUGCUGGAGAAUUCCAUCGCCGGUCUCAAGAUAGCAUAAGUAAAAAAAUUUUUUUUAUACCAGAGAGAGGAAAACCAAGAUAUUACAUCAAACGCAGAGAUGUAUAAAUGUUAAAUCUGAAAUGAAAAGAAAGAAAUAUACGAUUUCUCAUUAA